CAAGCAUUUCCUUUUUGCUACUAGCCGCGAAAGAAAUAUGAUUGAUUAUUGAUGGCGCGAACACGCUUUGAUGGCUAGCUUUCCUGCAAGGGCGAUACAGACGUCGCACAGGGGAGAUGGAUGUGGUAUUGUGCGUAGGAUAGAAACACAGAGCUGGAGAGCUCAUGGGCCCGCCGCGUCUUGUGGGAGCGUCGUCAGGCGUAUCUCGGGGAGCUCUCAGCGCCUGGGCAGGUCUUCUCGAGGCCGGCAGGCAGUUAUCUCGAGAGCUACCCAUCACAGCGGAAGCCUGCUGUAUAAACGCCCCGGCUCGUGCGACAGCAGAGUGCAAGCGAGCGCUGUGUGCACGGCCUCCGGUCGCACCAUCGCCAGGUACAUGGGCGUCCCAGCACAGACGGCUCCACACGGACAGCAGCGUGCCCAAAGGCUCACAGCCGCUACCACCAGGCCCCAGUAACCUUGCCGCUGAGGCUGGGGCCUGCGCCGAACUCGACGACCUACAUGAGCUAGCACAGGACUGGCGUGCCGCUGCAGCCCUGGCGAAGCACCAUGGCGGGAGCAGCAGCGCAGGCGGCGCCGUCAACCCCCCCAGCAGGUCCUGUAGCGGUGACAGCUGCAGGUCUGCUAGCGAGCCGGGGCAUUCUGACGGACUUCCAUUGACGCUGCUGGAGAGGACCUGCACGCUGCUCGACCAGCGGCACUCCAUCGCAGCACGCCAUGCGGAUCACGCAGCCGCUGCCGGAGGUCGGGGUGGAGGCGCCCACGCCGGUCCCGCCGCUGCUGCAGCUGCAGCUGCUGAAGGCGGCAUGGCAGGGGCAGCUGUGCCGCUAGCGGAUAUCAUUACGUGCGUAGCCGACCUCUGCUCGCAUGCACGCCCGCCGCCGCCGGACCUCGCUCGAAGCCUGGUUGCCGCGGCGGCAGUGGCGACGCAAACCGCCCCAUGGCCGCAAGCCGCGCAGAUCCUAAACGGCCUGGUUCGCAUGGGCACCGUUGGCACGCGGUACUUGGAAUGGACGCUGGCUCGCAUCCAGGGGAUACCGCCUCCAGCCCCGCGUCCCCACCCGCAGCAACAGCAGCGGCUGCAGCAUCCACCCGAAACCACAUCCUGGCUAGCUCGUAGUCGGAACCGGCUCAAAGGCCGCAGCGGCGCCGCCUGGACGCUCGGACAACAACCUAACCAGAUGUCCAUGGGAGCGCCGGGGCAGGGGCAGCAGCAGCGGCUUGCGGACACAGGGCCCGGCGUAGCGGACACCAUCAGCCUGCUGCAGUCCCUAGCGGCAAUCCAUGCCGUACAGGGUACCGCCGCUCGCAACACGCCGGUAGCCAUGGUACGGCUCAUGCAGCACCUGCAGGCGCAGUUGCACACGCUGCCUGGGCCUGCGCCGCUGCUGCCGUUGCUGCAUGACAUUACGGCAUGCGGGUGGAGGCACGACCGGGAACCUGGGUUCUUGAAAGCCAUUGGGGACUACCUUUGCUCGCCCCGAUUGCCGCCUCGACCGGUUCCUGAAGUGGCGGCGGCGGCGGUUGAGUCUAGCAUGCGUCGCGGACCCAUGGGUCAUACUGCUGCAGCAACAGCAGCAGCGACUCACGACGAUGCAGCGCCCAGUAGGCUGCCGUACGGCGUAGGGGGCAUCGACGAUGACGAUGGCACGGUGCUGCAUCCCCCGCAGCUGCUGGCACUGACGCCCUCACAGCUGGUUUCGGUGCUGGCUGCUUACACGCGUGCGGGGGUGCACCAUGACCGGCUCAUGGAGCGAGCCUUAGACGGUGUGGAGCGCUGCCUGCAGGCCUUCACUCCCUCGCAGGCGGCGCGCGUGGCAGCUUCAUGCGCGCGCUUCUCGCAUUACCGUCCCUCGCUGCUCCGGCGAUUGGCGCUGCAUGUUGGGGCGCAUGUACCCGCCGCCGUGGCGCCGAGCGACGUGGCGGGUAUAGUGGAGUCGCUUGCUCGGUGCCGGGUGCGAGAGGAGCGGUUCAUGGGGGUAGCGGCGGCCUACGCGUCAGGGCAUGCGGAAGCUUUGUUAGCGGAGAUGGAGGCGGAGGGGGUAGGUCGGGGGCGCUGGGGCGGCGGCUUACUAAAGCCACAGCAGCAGCAACCGGUGGAGGUGGAGGCGUCGCAUCCGCCGCCUUGCCAAGGCAGCAACCAGCCGGUGCGGUCGCCCUUAGAAGGUGGUGGUGGGCGUGGUGGGGAACUAGCGGCGGUGCAGAUGAGGGAGGGCUCUGAAGCGGAGCGAAUCUGGGAGCCGGGGGCGGGGCAUGCGCGGCAUGGCUGCAUGACGUCACAAGGGGACAGGCUGACCCAGGAUCGCGUUGGGAGUAGCUGCCACGAGGACGUCAACCUGUCUAGAGCGGGGUCCAAAUCCCAUGACGGCAGCGUGGCAGGGGCACCAGCAGCAGCACCUGAUGCUGCAUGCUUGCCCUCGCUGCUACCCGGGGAGGCAGCGUCUGCUCAGCCGGGGCUUUGUAGUCAGGCAGACGGUCUCGCCCCACAUUCCAGCGCGCGAGUCGAGCAACUGCCACCUACCAGGAGCAACGAUAGCGGGGUCGCCUCCGAAGAGCUUGCUACGCGGCGCCUUCAAGCUCUGCUGCCCACACAUCCUCCCAACUCCCACGGAACAUGCAUGGGGGCCGCUGCGGCGGCUGGUGUACAACCACAGCAACCGCUGCAGCCGUCGGUUUCGCAAGCGGAAGCAGCCCAGGAGCAUAGCAGCCGCCGUUGCAGCGGCAUUAGCUUAGAGGAGGCAGCCGCGGGACGGGAUGACAGGACAGCGCUGUUCAUCGGCGGGCUGCCGCCUUCCCUGGAGCCGUACAGGCUGCUGGACGAGCUACUAGCCACACCCGGUGCUGCCGUAGACAUGUUUUACAUGCCGUACGACUAUGCCGCGGUGGGGAGGGGGGCUCCUGGCAAGGGCUGCGCCUUUGUUGGUGUGACGUCUCCCGAGGCUGUGGCGGCGAUUGCCCGGCGGCUGCGGGAGGGCCCGAUCUGCGGGAUGAAGCAGCGUGCAUCCCUGGAGUACUCCCCCGCCGCCAACACCCAUGCGCUGCUGCGCACCCUCUUCAGCCUGCGCUCCAAUCACACCGCCUACGUGCCGCGACCCGGAAGCACGCGCUCCCGGCCUGUGCUGCUGUACGUGAGCGGCUCGCUGCGAGGGCAGGUCCAACCCUUGGAGCCGGGGGAUGUGUUGAUGCAUGAGUGGCCCUCCCGGCUCGCAGCUGCCGUACAGCCUUCGCUACACAGCGCUCGGCAGCCCGCCGCCAGCCAACCUUGCCAAGGCGGCCUGGGCAGCCAGCAGCAACAGCAUCCGCAGCAGCAGGAGCAGCAGUGGUCCGUGCAUGCGGAGGCAGCGCUAAGUACGUCCCAGCCGGGCGACGGUGCGCAUGGCUGUGGCGGUGCGAACUCAGUGGGACUUGCUACACAAGCAGGACUCAGCGGCGGGCAUGGCGACACGCAAUUGGGCCGGGUUCUUAGCAACAGCGGGGGCACAGGUGCUCUCGGCGCUGCAGGAUGCGGAGAACGGCUGGAGCAACAGCGGUCCACGCAGCGACACGAGGACCUGGGAGCCCUGCCUGGAGCAAGGCAGCAGCAGCAGCUGCCGUGUCGAUCACAGCAGCCACAGCAGCAGGGCAGCUGUCAGGCUGCGUCCCAGCCACCACUGCAGCAGCAGAGCCAUUCAUCCCCGGAUGUCCCCUCCCCCCCCUUGCAUUCCCCACGGCUAGGGUCUCCCUGGCCGCCGCCUCGAGCCUUCUGCCGUACACAACUCCUGGAUCCAGAGCAGUUGGCUCUCAUGGCUCACAGCAUGGCGGCCCUGUCGUACAGCCACGCAGGCUUCCUCGAUGCCCUCGGCUGUCUCAUGCAGCGGCUGCUGCGGCCUGUGCUGCAGGACCCCCUGCUCGCUGCGAAACUGCUGCCGCCGCCGGCGGCGUGGGCUGCAGCGCCGCCGGCUUUCGCGCAACACGAGCUACAGCAGCAGCCGUCGCCGGCGCUUGCGGUGGCGGCAGCAGACCGGGACCUGGCAGCUGUUGUGGCAGGUGACUGGAGCGAGCACGUCGCGUUGCCGCCGCCGCCGCUGAAGUCAGUGCUGCAUGCCUUACAUGCACUCGCCUCGCAGCCCAACCCCAGCAUUGACGCGUGUCGUGCGCUGGCAGAUGCCUGCACCAGCGCCAUCCUAGCAUGGUUGCCACCAGGAGCCCUUACCGAGGGCCCUAUAAGCGCCAUUGCCGCGGACAAUGCUGAGGGGGAGCACAUGUCUGUGACCGCAGGCUCAGCCUCAGCCACGGUCGUUGCCUCUGGAUCACCCGCAAUACAGCACGGCGGUAGCCCUCAACUAGGAACACAACCUGCCCUGGAGCUCCUCGACCCAUGCACCACCAUGCGCCACGCCUCUACCAGUAUCAGCUCGGCCACCAGCUUACCUGGCGGAGCAGUCGCCCCACAGCACCAACAACAGCCCCCCCACUCGCAGCCUGCGGUUUCCCCGGUACCGCUGCCCUUGGUGCCCCUGCCGCCCUCCGACGUCCUGGACGUGCAUGUCCGGCUGCUCUCGCAGGCUCUCACCGCUGCCGCCGAUCACGGCCCGCAGCUCCUCUACCACUCUCACCUUUGCAACGCCGCUGCAGCGCUGCUCCGAAACCACCUUCCCCGGCUAAAACCGCGCGCUGCUUGCGCGCUGCUACAGCCGCUGGUGCGUUUUAAGAUGCCAGGAGUACGGCAACUGGUGCGGGCUGUAGCACCGUUGCUAGCGCAGCAGGCGGACCGUCUUUCAGAAGCCUCCCUGGUCAGCUUGACAUGGGCUUGCGCUCGGACUGAGCUGCAUGAGGAUAGAAGGGUCGUGACGGCGCUUGCAGCCCGUACCCUACAGCUUCUGCCGCAACUUCCAACGACCGGUGCCGUACAAACCUUCUGGGCGCUUGCCGUCCUACGCUACCAGGACCGUGUCGAAGACCGUAACCGCAAUAGCAGCCGGGGCCGCGGUGGCGAUAGCAGCGGCAGCAGUAGCAUCAGCUUGUACGGCAGCCUGUUGCAGCUGCUAAGCGAGCGUUACGAUCUUACAGCACGGGACUUGCUACUGCUUCAAGAGGGGCUCACGGUUCACCGCCGGUUGUCCUCCUUGUCCUCUACGUCGGCCUCCUCUUUGGCUGCUCUUCUUGGUGAGGACGGCGAGGGCGGUGAGGGCAGUUCGCAGCUGGCCAUGCCUGCGUUCCUAGAAGAGCUCCUGCAACGCGCUGUGGCCGGGACACUCGAG